CUAUGGUGGUGGCUACAGCCUGGGAGGAUACAGACACACACCUCACCUUGAAGACGUCCCCCCCAGCAGACACUAACUGGGCGAGCGAGGAGGACGACCACGUGGUGGCCAGAGGAGAAUAUGACUUGACAGCUGCUUCUCAGGAGGAGCUUUCUAUGCGAGCUGGAGAGAUGCUCAACCUCGCUCCUAAAGAGCUACAGCCCCGUGUGCGUGGCUGGCUCCUGGCCAGUGUGGACGGUGAGACCACAUGCUCGUCCCAGCCAACUACGUUAAGAUCCUCAGCAAGAGAAGAGACCGCCGGGCCACAGAUAUGAGAGGCUCGCUCAGGCCCAGCAGGCAAACACGCAGGCACCCCAAACAACCUCGUCUGCACAAAUACCCUAAUCUGUGCCUCUCCUGCAGCCCAUAAACGUACAGCAUCUACCCACAUCAUGUACAGUACUUGAAUGAUCCAUCUCGUCUUUCAGCUCAGUCUCGUCAGAUUCAUUAGGCUCAGCUGUGUCCCCCUCCUGUGUGCAGUUUCCUCGUUUCCCUCUGUGUGUAUUUAUAGUAGUGAUGGCCAAACAAAGCUUUCUGAAGCAUUGAAGCUUGUGUUGAAAAACGAUUCAUUACUGGAAGCUUUUUAACACAGUCCUCUCUGGUGACAUCUGGUGGUCAAAAAUAUGAAGAGCAGCUUGAAUCUACAAAAAAACUGAACUGCGUCAUUAUGAUUGCCCACUCUACACAGUGGAAUUCACAAUUCACAAUUGGACAUCACUGAUCACGUGAC